AAUAUUAAACAAUCCGACAAUUCAGCCAUUUUUCUAAACUUUUUAUUUCAAAAAAUAAUUGUUUUUUUUAUUUGUUUAGUUUGAAUCAAUUGAUUUGAAUGAUAUAAUUAAAAUAUUCAAAGAUCAGGCAAUGACUUCCAGCAACAACAACAACAACAACAACAUUAACGCCUACGGCGGCAAAGAGUUGCUUCACUGUCCGACACCCGGCUGUACGGGAUUGGGACACAUAUCGGGAAACUAUGCAACACAUCGCAGUCUAAGCGGUUGUCCCAAUGCCGACAAAGCCCAGAUACUGGUCGCCCAACAGGAAAUUAAAUUUUGUCCGACACCCGGCUGCGACGGUUCCGGUCAUAUUACGGGAAACUAUACGAGUCAUCGUAGUCUAUCGGGUUGUCCGCGGGCUCGCGAUUUCAAAUCAAAAAAGUCUUCGUUAGUGAGAUUGGCGGACAAAAACAGUCCGACGGAUUUACUUCAUCAUGGUUUGGCCAGUAAAUUGAAGGUUGAACUGAUCACGACUAACGGCGGAGUCGGCGCCGCCAAUGAUUACUAUAUGAAUAGCGAACCGAAAGCCAUUACAUUGAAUCAGGUUUUGAAAAACGAGUUCAACGACAACAACAACAACACUAAUAGCCAGGACUUUGCCGCCGCCAGACUUACGGCUGGUAUCAAAAGCGAAGGCCUUUCGUGUCCAACACCGGGUUGCGAUGGCAGUGGACAUAUAACCGGUAGUUUUCUAACGCAUCGAAGUUUGUCGGGUUGUCCGCGAGCCAUACAACUGGACGACAACACCACCACCACUACCAACAACAUCAUUAACAACAACAACAAUAAAAUAGCCAACAAUUUAGACAAUAUUAAUAAUAAUAAUAGCAAUCAAAGUAAUCAUAAUAAAAGUCAUAACAACAACAACAACAAUAUAAGCAAUAAUAAUAAGACUAACUUAACUGAAAGCCGAUUAACAAAUGUUAAAUCACUUACAACAACAACAAAAACAACAACAAUGACCAACACUUUAGACAAACUGAUUGCCAAUAAUAAUAAUAAUAACAACAAUAGUGACGACUUGUGCGACAUCGAUGACCAGAUCUAUCUGUUGCGCGACUAUAACACCAAAAUGGAGUCCGAACUGAAUCGGGUUAAGUCAGAGUAUUUACAAUUAGAACAACAAAUGGAAUCAUUUGAAAAGGAAAACAAACAACUGAUGGGAACCACUGAAAAUCUAAACAAAUACUAUCAAAGUUUGCGUAACAAUUUGCUGGAACUGUUGGAGACCAUACCGUUUCCCGAUAGUCUAGAAGUACAGCCCAGUCAACAAAAUUUUGAACAAUUUCUCGACAAUUUACAGUCAAUAUGUCUGGAGAACUAUAAGGAUGAAAAUCGAUUGGUUUUCUCAUCCAUUAGACAUGUGUUGAAAGAUUUUUCUGUUAAUUUAUAAAAAAAAUACAUUAAUUGAAGACAUUACUAUUGUUAUUAGUAUUUUUUUAUUGUUAAUUA